AUGCUUCAGUCACUACUCAAGAUGACUGGACACCAUUACAUUGGCCCUGUAACAUUGGAUAACUUGGUGGCCGCAGUUGACCGCGGCAACAUACACUUUGUACGCUUACUUCUCAAACUCAACGGUCAAUCGAGCGACUUUAAGCCCAACAUGGGGGCUUAUUGUUUAGGAUUUGGCAACACAAAAUACGUGUUCCGAUACCCUGGUAUCGAUGUCGAUAUGCUCAAGCUUCUCAAAGAGAUGGGCGCUCUCGGUAUCGGACUUUGCUCAAGGUUACUCGAACAUUGCAUCACGAAUGGCCGUGUUGAUAGUGUCCAAUACAUCCUUGAGGAGGUGGCCAAGGAAUUUGAUGACCAACAAAGAUGUGUAAUCGAUAGAGCAGUCCAAUCAGGUAUCGUCAAACAGACAACACUUGGACAUCUAGACAUACUACAGUCGCUUCUAAGGAUGGCACCAAGGAAUGCCCCAGCUUACGCCUAUGGGAGGAACCUGAGCAGGGUGGCGGCAGAUAAUGGUCAUAUGCACAUCAUUGAGCAUCUCCACAAGAACAACAUUGGCAACGACACAUUGACAUUUGAAGAGGAAGCCAUCGUCAUGGAGCUGAUGAGCACUCAUUGUGGCGAACGAUGGGAUCUUGCCUUGGUUUCCAGGGUCAUCUACAAGACUCCAUUGGACGAACUGAUUGCUGCACUGAAGAGAAAUGACCAGAGGACGGCAAUGGACAUUCUCGACAACCACUGGGACAAUGGAUUAUCGUCAAUAGUAUGGAGCCAUUUAUCAGAGCUGACGAUCGCCUUUCUCUCCAUUCACAAAUCCAGUCACCCACAUGAUAUAUCUCCAAAUGGUUUAUACAUCGUGGUCAAACAUAUAAUUAAUGGCAAGCUAACGUUGGAGCAUGGAUUGGAGUACCUGCGCAUGGCCAACAUUGUCGAUUCUGCCGAAUCAGGGGAUUUCGAACACUCACUCAAACGAACAUCGAUGGAGUGGGCAGCAGGCAUGUCACUGGCAUUACUUCAGCGCAUACGAGAUGUGACAUCAUUGAGUUACAAUGACCGUUGUUUGGAGGCAGCAAUCGAGCACGAUUGUCUGGAUGUCAUAUCAUAUCUCCUUUCAAACAACUUGAUUGAUGCUGACAAUUUAAAGAUAUGGACGCCAGAGUUACUGUUUACCAAGGGGUCAGUCGAUGCCAUCAAGAUCAUUCAUCAACAUGUCAAGCUGAACAUUCCUCAUCUGUCUAUCAAUGCGAUCAAGAACACUGUGGACAUGUUCAAACAUGUGAUGCAACAUAUUCAUCCACCAUCAUCCUGGUCCCCUCGACUACUUCGUGCAAUCAUCAAUGAAGCAGUGGUCCAAGACAAAGUGGACCAUCUCAAACUUCUCAUUGACAUCACUCAUUCACCAGUGCCAACACCUUUGCUGGAUACAUUGAUUGAGGCCACCAAGAAGAAUGCCGUCUCAACAUUGGAGUAUAUCCUUGUCAAGAUCAACCCACCACCACUCACUCGCCUGCCAGAGAUUGAUCAACUUCGUGUUCUCCAAUAUAUCAUGCACUCAGCCUAUAACUAUGGGUACACUCGAAUCAUCACCAUUUGCAACGAUAUCAUCAAAGAUAUUGAUACUACCAUUCCAAAUAUUAGGAUGAAUUUCGCAGAUUUACAUAUGAAUGAUAUUCUACAAAAGCCCAGUGAUACAUCCGCUAAAUCAGUUAUAUACUCAGUGCUUGGAAACAACAAGUUGAACUCGAUCAUCAUGGAGCAUGUUGGUUGGAUCAAUCGGAGUUGUUUGGGCUUUGAAGAUAGCUUGAUCAUCAAAGGUGGACAACUGUUUGGCAACAACACAUUGUUGGACUUUAUCAAGUAUGGUGCCACUGAGUACUUCAUCAAAUCAUUCAAAUCAAUCAAUCUCAAACACUCAUAUCCACCCAACAACAACAAGUUGAUCAGUGCCGCCAUUGCUCACUUUACUCCUCGUCAUAUACCCAUACUGGAUGUACUCCUCGCCCAUCCAUCAAUGUUGUUGUUGGAGCCAGAAACAAUCAAUUGGCGUCAAUUCAUCAAUCAACUGUCUGACUGCAACACUCACAACUGGUCUCGAAUCAUUGAAGAUGUCAUGAAGUUGGUGAUGAUCAAUUCCAACGCUCCCCCAAUGACUCUUAUGGAGCCUGACUUGUUCUUGAUCAAGACGCCAUUGUUCCUGAGCAAGCUGCUCUCACUGGGUGUGGCAUUCGCUGUGGCCCCGAUCAACGCACAUUCACCAAUACCCCCUCCAGUGUCGGGAGUGUUGACCAAGUGGCUUCAAUGUCCAUCCAAGUCAAUACUUGAGAUGAUUCAAUUGAUGCGUCCAUCACUCUCCAAAGAUACUGCCAUCCAUGUUCUUGCACACUCAAUCAGGAUGGACAUCCAACCAGUUUCUCAAUACAUUAUUGACAGGUAUCGCCUCCUCAACGACCCCCGGCUCCCAGCAGUUUGUGCAAAGCAUGGUUACUUUGAGCUGUAUAACAUCCUGCCUCAGUCCACAGACAACUCCAGGAUAAUGUUUGAUACAAUAAUGGAAAGAGACAAUUGCUUGAUGCCUUUGGAUAUCGCCACAAAGACCUACCAACAUCUGUUAGAUAAUGGUUCCAAGCCCACUAUAAACUUCAGUGUUAACGUCCCAGGAGCCCUAAUGCAUUGUCGAAACAAGGUCGAUCUCCUCCUCUCUCUGCCACACACCCAAGGCAACCCCAACAAAUUGGUGCGCAUCAACAAUAUUCAUCCCAAAAUGAUCUCUGUUGGAUUGUUGGAGAGACUCCUUGCAGAUCCACGCUUCCAGUGCGACUUUGAUUUCGUCAUGAGCAGUGCCAUUGAUGCAGGCGAUCGACAAGUGAUUGAAAUGUUGGAGGCCAACACUGACAAUCGAUUCAAGACCCACUACAAGUCGGCAUUCAACACUGCUGCCUCUGUUGGUGAUUUGGACACAAUCAAGAUGAUCUUGGACAAGCGCAAUCUAUCCACCAACACAAGCAACUCGUUUGAUACUUUUAAGUAUGUCUCAACGAAUAUGAUGGAGAAAUACCAGGCAGAUGGAAGGAUGCUCCCUAUCGAACCAUUAUUGAGUUUGUUUGUGGAGUACUUCAAACGAGGCGACAUUGAGGCCAUCGAGCUUCUCAAACAACAGAGCAUCGAUUGCAAUCAAAAAGAUCCAAACCAAUGGGCCUUCAAUGGCAGGUUUGGAAUUCAUUCAUUGCUAGGCUCAAAUAUGACACCGAUCACCAACAGCAAAGUGUUGACACACUUCAUUGACAAAGGAUAUCUUGACAUGGUCAACAAACAACACUACCUCACACGAGUGAUUGAACAUGCAUGUGAGAAUGGCAAUGUUGACAUCAUCAGACUCGUCCACAAUCGAUUCACCUCCACUGAUCAAACAACAUCAUUCAUUCCAAACACUCAAUGCAUUGCCCGUGCUGUUGAGCGCAAUCAACAAUCAGUGAUCCAAUACCUUUUUGGUGAUGAUCAAUCACCAAUCAAGCGAUCACCAGACGCAACACUUGUGGUCCGAAUGGCCAAUUACGCUCGCCACUCUGCCUUUGUCAAAGGAAACAUCAAUAUCAUCAACUUUUGCGACACAAUCAUUGUAUAA